CUUGAAUUGAAGGACAUGAUCUGCUGUGUGAUGUUUUGAUCCGCCACCUUUUAUAUUAGGAAUAUAGGUGCUCUUGGCUCGACAUUUUGUGUUCUAUUUUACGAGAGUCCUACACCUUUUUGAAUAUAAAAAAGAGUACAGGAUGGAGCUCGAGGAGAAUAGAAAGUUUUUAUUCCUUUCGCAGGAGUAAGGAUCUAGGGUUAGUGCGAAUCAAUAAGUUGGAACAACUUCGUAAGUCUUUUUAUUUUUAUAUUGAAAAAAGCCCUUUCAAGUAAUUUUACAAUGGAAAAGGAAAUUUUCGUAAAAGUGUAAAAUUCUUUGAAUUAAAAGUCUAUCAUGCGUGAAUCAAGCGUUUGUAUGAUUCUUUGAUAGAAAGAAAAGAAAUCAUAAACAAAAUAAGGGGCUUGUUGCUGCCCUUUUUUAAUAAAACGAUCAAGAUCACCGAAGUAAUGUCUAAACCCAAAGAUUCAAAGUAAGGAUAAAGAAUCCUGAAACAAGAAAUCCCUUUUUCAAUUGUUUGAACAACUAGAUCAGAAUGAAGAAUCAAAAUUGAUUCGAAAAAAUGAGACAAACAAAAAAGGUUAGAGACUACUCAAUAAAAAGAGUACUUAAGGAGUCUCUGGUGAGAUAUUUGAGAGUUAUUUAACUUGAGUUACGAGAGUACGAAUGUUACGAACGCUUUUUAUGAAAAAAAAUAGUUAGGGUUUCAAUACUGGCUAAUUAAUUUAAUGUUUGAAUUUUAUAAAGAGAGUUAACUUAUACUCAUUGCAUUUUUUUCUCGAGCCGUAUGAGGCCAAAGCCUCGUAUACGUUUCUCGGGGGGGGGUAUUAUUCAUAUACAUCUAUCCCAAUGAGCCAUUUAUCGAAUCGUUGCAAUUGAUGUUCGAUCCCGAAGAGAAGGAAGAGAUCUUCGGAAGGUGGGGUUUUAUGAUCCGAUAACUAAUCAAACUUAUUUAAAUCUUCCUGCUAUUCUCGAUUUCCUUAAAAAGGGCGCUCAACCAACAAGAACAGUUCAUGAUAUUUCAAAGAAGGCAGGGAUUUUUACGGAAUUAAGUCUUAAUAAAACGAAAUUGAAUUAAUGAACUAUAAAAAAGAGGAUGUUAAAGACUCAUAUAUAGCUUGGUAUAAAAUUUGAUCUACUCUUUUCUUUCCUCCUCUUUCGUUUCCAUCAUAUUUAUUUUGAUUUAUUAGAAUUUCCAUUUAUUAUUAGUAUUCUUCCUAAAGGUAUGAAAACUAACAAAUAUCCUGCUAAAAACUACCAUGUUUUAUAAUAAAAAACAAAUUUAUUAAAAAUUUUUGGAUUUAUAGAAAUUCUAAAUUUUGUAUAAAUACAAAAUUUUAUUGUAUAGAAUUAUUGUAUAGAAAAUAUAUAAAAUCAUACUGUAUAAUAAAUAAUAUAUUAAUAUAUAUAGAAAUAGAAAGAUUUGAGAUUAUCCUAUUCGGCUUAGUUUUCAUUCCUUGUAUGAACUCACAAACCAGGGGGUUAAACUUUUUUAUUUUUUCUAUUCUUUUCGCUAUAUUAAAAAUUUACAAUCAUAUUGACAACAGUGUAUGGACCAAAUAUAAUUCUCUCAUAGAGAAAUAGAUCUAUUUCUCCCUGACGCACACAUGACUGGAUUUUUCUUUUUUUUUUAUUCUGGUUGUAUCUACAUAUUUGCAGUACUUGCUUUUUUUUGUGGGGGGGUUGCUAACUCAACGGUAGAGUACUCGGCUUUUAAGUGCGACUAGCAUCUUUUACACAUUUGUAUGAAGAAAAGGAUUCGUCCAGAUCCGCGGUAGAGUUUGUAAGACCACGACUGAUCCUGAAAGGAAUGAACGGAAAAAAUAGCAUGUCGUAUCAAGGGAGAAUUCAGAUAACAUUUUUUUUUAUUUUCGACAAGAUUGUACCGAUUAGAAAAAAAAAAAAAAAGAAGAAUUCCAAUUUGGGUCGAGUGAAUAAAUAUAAAUGGAUGGAUAAAAAACCAGUUUUCCUUAUUCUAAGAAAAAAAAAAGAAACGAGCUUCCAUUCGUAAUUUGAAAAAUUACCCGAUCUAAUUAAAUGUUAAAAAUAGAUUAGUACCUAAUACGGGUAUGGGAAGGAAUUUUUUUCUUGCGUGUUAUUAUCAAUUUUUUCGUGAGUCCUAAUUAUUUUUUACCUAGUCCGUUUGGGUUAGGUUGUAGAUGGAUGUGUAAAAGAAGCAGUAUAUUGAUAAAAAAAUAUAUAUAUAUAUUUCCAAAAUCAAAAGAGCGAUUAGGUUAAAAAAAUAAAGGAUUUCUAAUCAUCUUGUUUUGUUAUUUUAUAAUAUAACGAACAGAAACCUCUUAAAGAUAGAGAAUCCAGUUAGCAGUCUACCUGUUUAUGAGGUAUUUAGUGCUUUCGUAAUCUAAUACCUUAUUUUGACUGUAUCGCACUAUGUGUCAUUUCAGAACUCAAGAAAAUAAAGACUUUACUUUUAGUUCAAAUCGAAUUUUAAUCCAAAUGGAGAAAUUUCAAGGAUAUUUAGAGUUCGAUGGGGCUCGUC